AUGGCCAGCGCACUGCAAAGACUCAACAAACCCACAGAUCCGAUAAGCGCCGACUCGGCGAAGAAGAACAACAUUCCCGACACAAGCCACGUCCUCCUCCCUCGAAGCACCGGCAUAGAGUUUUGUCCUGAGGAACUCGAGGACACCGUGGAAUCCCUCUAUGACUGCACAAUCGCCUAUGAAGAGGUCUCCCGUGGGCAGUACGCGCAAGACAUCUUCACCCUGAAAGCCGGCUAUUCAGAGGGCCAAACUCCGAAACCGGUCAGCACUCGUUGGCGCCCAUCUACGGUAGAUGAGACCCCGCCGCAUAAUGUCACAGCAUUUGAACUCUGGCUCAGAGCCCGCUGGGGUGAGAACGAUGUCAUGACCGAAGCCCUGGUCGAGAAAACUCCCGUGAAGCUCGAGCCAGGUCCAGGCAAAAGACCGCCUGCCACCCAGGAUGCGUCAAAAACGACCACGCAUGGGCAGAAGACUGCUGCGGUGGGAGCGGCGGCGACCUCACACCCUGCACAGAAUGCAAGUACCGGGGUAUCAAUUUCCGCAGCAACAAAAAAACCAGCGACCUUGACCACGGCGACACAUACGAGUAAGAAGCCCGCACCCUUAGCUCCUGCGAAAUCAGCGACCCCAGCCUCGAACCAAAGCCGGCACAAGCACCACAUCGAAAGCAGCUCCUAUCAAGCCGCCGUCAUUGUCGUCCUCGACCAUCUCCAAGACUGCAAACCAGGCGUGUUGGCAAACCCGGCUCCAACGCAGAAGUCCGAGAUCACCACGAAAGCAGCCAAUGCGGCGGCGGCAGUUCUGCCAUGGAACAAAACCAACACUCCCACGGCGCCGCGGCGCCAUUGGCGGAGCCUGGCGCACAGAACAGACCAGGCCCAGAUCCCACGGAAUCCUCACACUUGCCCUCACCCGCCGCCGCCACCACGCAGAACCGGCGGGGAUGAAGGCAAGGACAAACAAACCGACGACGACGAGCAGCGUCACUGGGCUGUUGAAGUUGAAGACCUGAGGAGAGGAUUCAAAGAGAUGAACAGCCUGUCUGCACAUAUCUGUGAAAAGAUGAACAGCCCUGGCCUCUGCAACUCAGGUUCUGUCGCCGCAGUCUUGUCCCCGGCUUCUUCCCAUGCGAUACGAUCACUGCUGAGCGGCACACAUCGAGUUUGUUGA